AUGCCCACGGGGAUGAAUAGAGGGGGGUCUCGAUCCACAAGCUCCCUACCUCCAGAUCCCGUGGAGAUCAUCAGGAGCAAGGCUUGUUCCAGAAGGGUAAAACUCAAUGUUGGGGGACUUGCACACGAAGUACUGUGGAGAACCUUGGACCGGUUACCCCGGACGCGACUGGGCAAGCUCCGGGAUUGCAAUACUCACGAGUCCCUUAUGGAGAGCUGUGAUGAUUAUAACUUGGAGGAGAACGAGUACUUUUUUGAUCGUCACCCGGGAGCUUUUACUUCUAUUUUGAAUUUUUACCGUACUGGCAAGUUGCAUAUGAUGGAAGAGAUGUGCGCUUUGUCCUUCAGCCAGGAGCUUGACUACUGGGGGAUAGACGAAAUUUAUCUGGAGUCCUGUUGCCAAGCCAGGUAUCACCAGAAAAAGGAACAAAUGAACGAGGAACUGAAGCGAGAAGCUGAGACCAUGAGGGACAGAGAGGGAGAAGAAUUUGAUAACACCUUCUGUGCGGACAAAAGGAAGAAACUUUGGGACCUUUUAGAGAAACCCAGCUCCUCGGUGGCCGCCAAGGUUUUGGCAAUAAUAUCUAUCCUUUUCAUAGUAUUAUCAACAAUUGCCUUGUCACUCAACACACUUCCUGAACUACAAGACAUGGAUGAAUUUGGACAGGUCACGGACAACCCACAGUUGGCUCAUGUAGAAGCCGUGUGCAUUGCUUGGUUCACCAUGGAAUACCUGCUGCGAUUCUUGUCAUCACCAAACAAAUGGAAGUUCUUUAAAGGUCCACUGAAUGUCAUUGAUUUGUUAGCCAUUUUGCCAUAUUAUGUCACAAUUUUUCUCACAGAAUCCAACAAAAGUGUGCUUCAGUUCCAGAACGUCAGGCGAGUGGUCCAGAUUUUCCGUAUCAUGAGGAUUCUACGAAUUCUGAAAUUGGCCAGGCAUUCCACAGGCCUGCAGUCUCUUGGUUUCACACUCAGACGAAGCUAUAAUGAACUUGGAUUGUUGAUUUUGUUUCUGGCAAUGGGCAUAAUGAUAUUUUCAAGUUUGGUGUUUUUUGCCGAAAAGGAUGAAGAUGACACCAAGUUCAAGAGCAUUCCAGCCUCCUUCUGGUGGGCCACCAUCACUAUGACCACAGUUGGAUAUGGUGACAUCUAUCCUAAAACCCUUUUGGGUAAGAUUGUUGGUGGACUGUGCUGUAUUGCAGGGGUGCUGGUGAUUGCUCUUCCAAUACCAAUUAUUGUGAAUAACUUCUCAGAGUUCUACAAGGAGCAAAAGAGGCAGGAGAAAGCAAUAAAGAGAAGAGAAGCCCUUGAGAGAGCUAAGAGAAAUGGAAGCAUUGUCUCGAUGAACAUGAAAGAUGCAUUUGCUCGCAGCAUGGAGCUUAUGGAUAUAGUUGUUGAGAAAAGUGGAGAAAAUGUGGACAAAAAUGAAAAACUGCGAGAUAACAGCCUUUCUCCCAGCAAGUGGAAGUGGGGGAAACGUACUACAUCUGAGACUAGUUCCAACAAGUCAUUUGAAACUAAGUACCAAGAACAAAAUUCUCCAGAAAAUGUGCACAAUCCAAAUGCCAGCCCACAACAUCUAAACGUACAGAAAUUAGAGGAGAUGUACAGCAAAAUGGCAAAAACACAAUCUCAGCCCAACAUGAACAUAAGUCAAAUGGAUCAGACUUUUAAAGUUAAGAAGCAAAAUCAAAUAGAGAUGGAGAAAAUUUCUGUACCCUCUGACCCGCUAUUAAGCACACCAGAUGGAAUUGUGGAUAUGAGAAGCUUGUCAAGCAUAGACAGUUUCAUUAGCUGUGCUACAGAGUUUCCUGAUGCAGGGAAAUACACUCACAGUCCUGCAGUAUCUGUACUCAAUAAGGCUUCUGUGAACCCAGGUCUUGAAAAAAUUCAGGAUCAAGAUUCACCAGCCUUACCAUCCAAUAAUGCAGCAAUGAGACAAGCUACCACAACUCUGGACGGCAACUAUUACAGGAGCCUUUUGGGCAUCAAUUCCAAUAAUGCAGCUUUUACCUGUGCAGUAGACAAGCAUAGCCCCAACUUCUCUGAUAAUCCAGAAGGCUCAAGCAGGCAGAUAAACCCCAUAAAAUCUAGACCGCUUAAAGUAAACUUCAUGGAGAGUGAUAUCAAUACAGUUCAAAACACAAACCUAACAACACUCUCAUCAAUUGUGGGCCCCAAAGCGAUUGGCUCUAAAAGCAUCACAAGUCCCCUCGAUGGUCCAUUGCAUACAGAGAGACAUCUCGCUAGCAUAGAAGCAUCAAUAACAUGCUCAUCCUCUGGAACAAAAUCUCCAGAAGACUUGAUGCCGGAUGUUUUUACUUUCCAUGAUGAUGGAGUAAAGAAGUAUAUUGAUGCAGACAGUGAUGAGGAAGAGCAGCCUCCAGUCGGAAGGAACCCUUCUGGGUCCAUGAGUCUCAGAUACCACAUCACAAAUAGUGACUAUCCAGGUCAGAAGGAAGGUAUCUACCGAAAAGAUGGGAAUUAUUUAGAAGAGCAUGCUGUAGCUUCUUCAGCAAAGCACUUUGGACAAAACUGCUUGUACAAUAUGGAAAAUGUAACCGCUAGAGUUAAGAAAAGUGGCAACCAAGAAGGAAUCAAAUUGGACAACCACAUCUCUCCAGAGAUUCAUGUGACAUCAGGAGAAAGUGGCUGUUCCACAGCAUAUGAUGAUGACAUCUGA